CAGCGAGACACAAGCAGUCAGGUGUUGAAUUAAAAGCUCGUUUUGACAGCUGGUCGCUAUAGGAGGAGGAUAUUUAUAACUAGGAGACAUUCCUCAGUGUCCAGCCAACUAUUGUAGUUCUUCGGGGGAAUAAAAUGGAGGGUCCCCUGCCCCUGUCAUCGCUGAGGCUCCUGGUUCCACCUUUGCGGGUUAUGUCGGCCGUGAUGUGGAAGGUGGUUCGUCUGAGAAACAUAAAGCAUUAUGGGAAAGUGGAGGAGUUUGUGUGUUUAGUCGCUGAAGCCAUUCCUGACAUCUUGACAGAGAGACAGAUAAGCCUGCUGUCACUGGGCUUAAAAGCAAAGAUGAUGCUACAGAUGUUAAGUUCUGAGGAUCUCUGUGGCAUUAAAACGCACUUGGACAGCCUGCUGCAAACUAGCUCAAGACAGGUUCAUCCAAGAAAUGGUGACCUCGAAGCCAACUUCGUCAGGCUCGUUCAAAGACUCCUGGAAGACUCAAAGGGGAGAGAACACUUCCUCAACAAUGUGUUUCCUGUGGAGUACGGACCAGAUUUUGACACAGCACUGGAAACACUGGUUUGUGAGUUCUUCACCAAACUGGAAGAGCUGCUGCUUAUACCCGACUUUAAGCAGGCUGCAGUGUGGAUCAGUGAAACAUCCUCUGUGCUAGAGGAGUGCAUGCAGUCUGUAACCAAAGCUGAUGACCUCAAAGUGUUGCUCAGACACAAGGCGUGCCGCGGUACAAUGGCCAAAAUGGACUCCAGCGUACCGUCCCCGUCAGAGCAGCGGCUUUUCUCGUCAUUAUCUCUCCCUGCUUCACUGAGUGAGAAAGAUGUUGCCAAAGAUGCUGAAUCUAACACACAAUCAUGUGACAACCAAAGAAGCUCUGAGGUGCCUGCUCUUCAACACGAUGGAGAUUUCGACUUACAGGAUACAAGAUGGCCGCCUGACAAUGAGUCAGACAUUCUGAACAGCAGCGACGCAGAACAAACGACAGGAGAGAAAACCACUGACAGCGUUCCUGAUGUUCACGUUGUGGAGGAGCACGAUGAGGGAGGAACAGCCGCCUCCCAGACUCCCUCUACAUCUGCAGAGAGUCCUGUAACGUCUGGUCCUAUUAUUGGACUUCCUAGACAGAGAGUUGCACACAAAUGCAGUCAGUGUGGGAAGUGCUACAUCUACCGUUACGAACUCCUGGAGCAUCAGCGGCUGCACACUGGAGAAAACCCUUACAAGUGCUCUCAGUGUGGAAAAGCCUUCAGGAGGACCUCCGAUCUGUCGUCCCACAGGCGGACACAGUGCUCAAAGGCAGCUUAUGUUUGCAUCAAAUGUGGGAAAAGCUUUCAGUGUAUGCAGGACAAAUUUAGGCACCAGUGUGUUCAGAUUCUCCAAAGGUUUGACUGUUCUCAGUGCGGAAAAAGCUUUAAAAAAAUGUACCUGCUGGGCAAACAUGAGCAGACUCACAACCAGAUCCGUGUUUUCACAUGCAGACAGUGCGGGGAGGUUUAUCCCAGUAUGAGUGAGCUCAGAACCCAUCAGAAGGUUCAUCCUCUGGAGCUGUCCAACCAGUGCAAGCAGUGCGGGAAAUUUUUCGCCACCACCGGCUCUCUGACAGCUCACGAGCUUCGCCACAGACAGCAGAAAACUCAGAUUUGCGUACGUUGCGGCAAAGCCUUUAAGAACAAACACGACCUGAACCUUCACAUGCGCAGCCACACGGGCGAGAGGCCGUUUCAGUGUACGUACUGCGGGAAGCGCUUCUCUGUGUCAGGAAAUCUAAACAUACACAUAAGAACUCAUACGGGGGAGAAACCGUAUCUGUGCUCCGACUGCGGCAAGGCGUUCAUCUCAGCCGGCGAGCUGCAGAUACACCGACGCACCCACACGGGGGAAAAGCCGUACAAGUGCUCCGUGUGUGGGAGGGGAUUCACCAUGGCGAGCAAACUGACACUUCACAUGCGUGUUCACACCGGGGAACGGCCUUAUGUGUGCUCAGAAUGUGGGAAAGGCUUUUCGCGGGGCAGUGAACUGAAAAAACACACCAUGAACCACACAGGGGUUCGACCCUACGCUUGUCAGCUGUGUGCGAAGGCUUACACCUGCCUCAAUCACCUGAAGAGACAUUUAAAAACCCACAGCGUGGUCCAAACCGACACUCUCAGUUUCAAAAUGAACGACAUAGAAUUCAGCGUUCCCCUGUCCUCGCUGGCCCUCCUGGUCCCACCGCUACGCCUGAUGUCUGCAGUGAUGUGGGAAGUCGUGCGCCAGAGGAACAUCAAGCACUAUGGGAAACUGGAGGAGUUUGUGUCCAUGGUAACGGAUGCGGUUCCUGAACUGAUGAGUAAACGAGAGGGGAGGCUACUCUCACUGGGCCUGAGGGCAAGGACAACUCUGGAACUGCUGCGUUCUGAACACCCUGAAGAUCUCAAGGCUGUUGAGACCCACCUCAACCGAAUCCGAUCUUCCUGCAUCGAGGAGACAAAUGAUCCAGUGAUUGAAGCACCAGAGGCGAACUUCAUGAAGCUGGUUCAAGGCCUCAUUGAAGACACCGACGGCAGAGAACACUUCCUCAAGAACGUGUUCCCUGUGGAGUACGGCCCUGACUUUGACACAGCACUGGAGACUCUGGUUUGUGAAUUCUUCACAAGACUAGAGGAGCUUCUGCCCAUUCCAGACUUCAAACAGACUGCAUCCUGGAUCAGUGCUGCCCCCUCUGUUUUAGAGGAGUACAUGCAGUGUGUCUCAAAUGGAGAUGACCUUAAAUUCCUUCUCCAGAGUAAACAGUGCCACGGGAAGCUGGCAAAGAGCAGCAUCGCUCCAUUUCAGUCAGAUGAUCUUCUGAUUCCCUCUCUGUCUCUCCCUCCAUCUCUGGAAGUGGCCAUCGCUUCCCACCCAAGUGCUUGUGAUGAUGAAAAUAACGACGUCCCUCAGAUCGUCAUGUUUGAUGAAGAACUGUCGACGAACCCUUCCACCUCAACUGACUUCCCCGAAUCGCCCAAAAGAACUGAUAUCCCCUCGUCCCCUCGCAGGAGACAGCAGUCAGGAAUACAUAAAUGCCCCGAGUGUGACAAGUGUUUCAAACAUCACUCUGUCCUCAUCGAGCACCAGAGAGUCCACAGCGGGCUGCAGCCCUACAACUGCUCUGAGUGCGGGAGGGCUUUCAGGACAGCCACUCUGCUGGCAGGUCACAGGCUACGCAAAUGCAAAAAUGCUGCUUAUCUGUGUAUUAAAUGUGGGAACAGUUUUCCAACCUCACUGGACAAAUUCAGACACCACUGCCCAAAACGAGGACGCAACUACGACUGCGGACACUGCGGAAAGAGGUUUCCAAAGUCUAGCAGCCUCAAGGAACAUCUGUUAACUCAUGUUCAAAGCCGCCUUUUCAAAUGCAGCCACUGCGGAGUAGGUUUUUCAGGAAUUGGUGACCUGAAGUAUCAUCAGCAAGUUGAUCAUGAUAAACCUUAUCAGUGUAAGCAAUGUGGAAAGAGCUUUAUCUCCUCAAAGAGCCUGACCAAACAUCAACAACGGCACGAGGAGGUUGGUGAGAUGGAGGCAGCAAAAUUAAUGAGUGGAGGUAAACACAGGAAAAGCAGCUCAGGUCAUCGGACUUCCUCAUCAUCUCUGUCCUCCAGGAAAGCGGGCCUCAAAGGUGUGUACCCACGAGGAAGAGUCACCCACAACUGUCCGCUGUGUGGAAGGAGCUUCAAGUAUCGCUUUGAGUUCCUCGAACACCAGAGGUUCCACACAGCGGUGAAGCCUUACAAAUGCUCUCAGUGCGGUAAAGCCUUCCGCACAGAGGCUCACCUGUCAGGACACAGGAAGAGGAAGUGCAAAAACGCUGCCCACAUUUGCACCAAGUGCGGAUGUCAGUUCAGGUCGCUGCACGAACGCGUCAGACACCAGUGUGUGCAGCUGCUGACAAAAUACGAAUGUUCUCAUUGCGGAAAGACCUUCAAGAUGGCUCAUCUGCUGAGGAACCAUCAGAUGAGCGAACAUCAGCUUCCCUACAGCCCCAACCAUCGCUUCAGGUGCAGAUACUGUGACGAGACCUUCCCUGGCAUCAGUGAGCUCAAAUACCAUCAGAGGGUUGACCACGAGAAACCCUACCAGUGUCAGGAAUGUGGCAAGUGUUUCCUGUCAGAAAAAUGUCUGGCCAAUCACGAGCUGCGGCACAAUGAUGACAGACCAGAAAGCUGCCUGGUCUGCGGUCGUGGCUUCAGAAACCGCUACGAUUUGAAGCAGCACAUGCGCACUCACACAGGAGAGCGACCUUACCAGUGCACUCACUGCUCACAGUGCUUCUCCACAGCAGGAGGACUCAGGAGUCACACCAGGGUUCACACGGGAGAGAAGCCACAUGUUUGCCCCGACUGUGGGAAGGCUUUCUCCCAGAUGGGUGCAAUGCGAACCCACAGGCUCACCCACACAGGAGAGAGGCCGUUCAAGUGCACAGUGUGUGGUAAAGGGUUUACAAUGGCACACAAAGUGACCGUCCACAUGCGUGUGCAUACCGGGGAGCGGCCCUACGUGUGCUCUCAGUGUGGGAAAGCCUUCUCAGACGGAAGUGUGUUGAAGCAGCACAUGCUGAACCACUCAGGGGUGAGACCGUACCACUGCCAGAUCUGUCCCAAGACCUACACCUGUCUGAACCACCUGAGGAGGCACCUCAAGAGCCACUCAAACAUGAACUGAAUCAGACAAGAAGGCAAACUGGAGCCGAAUCAAAUAACAUUGUAGUCCUAGACUGAAACGCUUCAUUGACAGAGUGGCUACUAAAAUUUCAAAGGACCAACUAAACUUAGCAAUACAGACUAUAGCGUGAUGCUGUAUGGUUACUGUUGAGAUUGAGGUGAUUACUUUCCUUUUCAUUGUGAAGUACAUGUAAUCAUAACAUCCAUUUGUCAAGGACUAUGACAACCAGCACAAACAAAUUGUUCUCAUUCCUCACCACACUUUGAGUGUUUCUUUUUUACUGUACAUCAGUUCCUUAUGCAUGAACACAUCUGGAUGUUAUGGUGGACAUUAUUUUGCAGAGCUCUUUGAGACUCACAGAGGUGAAUAUUUGUCUGAAUUACUUUUGCGGUCCCUUGUAGAAGGUUUUGCUUUACCUUUGAUAGUUUCUGGAUCCGUGUAGAGAGGCUGAGCUGUAUUAUGAAGCAUCAGAGAGCUGCUGGUUGAGACCACAGCAAGAGUCAUUCCCACCUGAGCUGUGACUGCUCAAGCACAAGUCUGCCCUGCUGCAGUAAUAAAGACGACCAGGGGAGCUCAGUCACCAUCUGCUGCCACGGCUGAUUGAGGCAGACUGUUGCUGUAAUCAGCUGUGGCCACUGCUUUACUUUGGUUGUUAAGGUUCUGGCUGAGGUACAUUAGUUCAUAGUGGGUGUAGUGUUCACUACAUGUAGCAGUUGUGUUUGUUGACUGAGGGUUGUGUUGAAGUCUUAGCAUAAGUAAGACAAAAGCACAGCAGAUUCAACUCCUGUGUGCCUUAACAAGGCUUUCUUUGGCUAAUAUUAAAGACUCUCCAUUGAAGAUGAGUUCUUUUUUUUAACCUUAUCCACAUCCCACAUGGUGCUUUCUUAUAUGCUGGGACCACAUCAUGGCAGUCAGUGCCACAGUGUACUGAUGAGAGUCUCAAAACCACAGAUUCAGAUCUCUGGACUUGUAACAUACCUGAAGAGUCAAUCCUGUCAGCUUGGCGGGUGGAGCUUUCCGGAUUGCUUUUUUUUCCAGAAUCUGUCCAGUCACAGCAUGUACGGUUGAGUUACUUUAAUAUUACAACUUGCCAUUGUGUAGCGUCGAGUUUGAGCUGCAUGGACUUCACAGAGUGACACAUUAUAAAGGGCACCAAGGUGUAGAGUUACAUUGAGGCCAUUUUAAGGUAGCAAGGGGUUAUUUUCAUGGAAGAAAAACAUCUGAAUAUGUAACUCUGAUACACAGUUUUUGGUAUUAAUUUAUAGACAAGAGAGGGCCUUUAAUGUGAGCAGCAAAGAGGAGUCGGAGUAUAACAGCAACCAUACGCAGCAGCAACUGUGCUUGCAGCCAGUAGCUGGAUACUGUCACAGCUCGGCCUUUUGAAGGCAGUGAUAAACAAUAAAUGCAUCAUGUAAAGUGUCACAUCAUCCCUCUUUUGUGUUGUGUCUGGAAAUCAUUUCCCUAAACCGGUAGCAUCAUAUAACUGGUCCGGACCAGCAACGCAAACGUAGUUCAGACGGUUUCUCCACUGUGACACUCUUUGAGCUCUGUGCUGUUUAGGAGACAUACUGUAUGUUGAGGAGCUGUAAUAUUGGUGAAAAUAUAUAUAUAUAUUUUUGAAAGUAACAGAAGUGAAGUCUGUAAAUACGCUGGAUGACAAAUAUUGUGAGAAGUUUAAAAGCUGAAUGCCAUUUAUUUCAACAUGAUGUUACUUUAUUUCCUUUAGGCCUUUUAUAUCCUCACCGUGGUUUGCAAGGUUUGUGAGUUUCGAAUUAAAUUACCUUGGUUACUCUU